GCUAAAUUCUACCGGUUACACACAUACAACUUGACAAUACAUCGAUUCCAGAUUUCCUUACACUAAGACAGAAAUAUGUCGAAGUUUAAAGCCUUGGGGCUGCUGUUUCUCAUCUCUGUCUUGUCAAUGUUAGCGGCUGUCUUCUGGAUGAACUUUGACCCCAAGAAACCAGGGGCGUAUGCUUUCGUCAACGCACGCUCCCCGCUCUCUAAGAGAGGGAGGGAGUCAGAUUUCAACAACGCGUUCAGAAACUGUUCAUCGAAAAACGAAACUAGCGAAAAAUGCAAGGGAGCUACUGUUCAAAGUUUAGCAGAGGCCUCUACACCAAAUUCUCACACGGUUAAACUCUCUACCCCAGCAAGUACAGGGGUCAAAUCUUUAAAUUUUGUUGCUACAAAUAGUUCGGGGAUUCCCGUUAAAAACAAAACAAUAAUACAAAAUAACUUCAACGACCCGUUUUUUAAAAUAAAACAGAAGAGGAAAGCCGGACUCCCCGUGUCUAUCAGCACCAUCAACAUGUUCACGUGGCUGUUGAAACACAUGGAACUGUCAGAGGAGUGUAUGGGCAAGAUGUGUGUGUUAACACAAGGAAACAUCACAGAGAACACAGACGUUGUUGUCGUGCUAGGCAACGCCUUGCCGGAGAACAGCAAGCCGGCAAGGUGGCCGGGACAGUUGUAUGUGUACCUGGACAGAGAACCUCCGAGCAUAAGUCUGACAUACAGCUGUGUGAGGAAAGAGAAUUCAAAAUGGCGGUACGAGUUCAACCUGACCAGCACCUAUGUGACGUCAUCUGAUGUCCCCUGGCCGUAUCAAACAUUCAGGAAGAUCAGCUACAAGUCUGCCGUUGAUUUCAUUGAAGUGGCCAAAAGAAAAACUAAAACAGCUGUGUGGCUUGUCAGUAGCUGUACGUCCCAAUCUAACCGUGGUCAGUACGUCAAGGAGAUGCAGAAAUACAUUGACGUGGACAUCUACGGCCGCUGCGGUAACCAGAGCGCCUGUAAGCGAGGCGGGACCCUGACCUGCAUGUCUGAACUCCUCUCCCAAUACAGCUUCUACCUGGCCUUCGAGAACUCCAUGUGUGUCGACUACGUCACAGAGAAAUCCUCCAAACUCUACAUCGACAAGAACUACAUCGUACCCGUUGUAAGAGGUGGGCCGGGGUACGAUACUCUCCUACCCAAAGACAGUUUUAUCGACGCGGCCAAGUUCCAAACUCCCAGAGACUUGGCGCUGUAUUUAAAAUCUCUGAAGACAGAUCACGUGACCUACAGUGAGUACCUGAGGAAGAAGGAGGAGUACAGAUUCACGUACCCCGAGAACGAGUUUUGCGCCAUCUGUCGGGCGGUGACCACCGAGAGUGUCCAGCCCAAACGUUACGAUAUUUUAAACUGGCUACAGGGACAGUGUACACCGCCUGGGAAAAUUACGUGACGUCACUCU